AUGGUGUAUAAUAAAAUAUCAAAAGCAGAUAAAAUUAAAGUUACGGACAAUAAGUUUUUUGCGGUUGAAAGAGGCCAGGUAGCUGUUUUUGAAAGAAGUGAAUCUCAUAAGGCAGUUAGUUGUGAAUCGAAAAAAAAAAGAUCUCAUGAAGAAUUUAAUAAGAAUCCUUCACCUCAAGAUGACACUAUAAUUAACUUAUCUCAGAAUGACGAU